AUGGCUGCAGCAGACACUCGUGAACGCUUAGUUUCGCAAAUGGGAGCCUACAUGCGGCACAAGGACAAAGAGACCUUUGACGAAAUGUUUCCAGCAUUUCGUCGUCGCCACGAUUUUACUAACGGCUAUAGGGUACAGCUUCGUCUUACCGAACAAGCAAUAAAUGACGAGCUUGAAGAUCUUGGAAUGGCUCCAAUUUACAUAGAGAAUUGGACUAAAGAUGAGCGCGCUUUUAUCAACGUGAAGGUUGUUUGUUUGCUAAUCCUUAUUUAA